AUGAAUAUGAAUGACAGUUUCUUUGACAAUAUAGAAGUUGUGAAUUAAAAUGUAUCUACUUACAGCAAACCAUAAACCAUUUGUAAAUCUUUGGAACGUUCUUUUGCUAUUUGCAGUAAUCCACCUAAGUAUGUAUGCCUUUUAAAUUUAUAAUUUCAGCAAAAUUAUUCAGCAACAAACUUAAUUUCAAAAAGAUACUGCUAUUCAAAGACAUCAAUCAUAUAAAUUAGAUUAUUUCUUAAAGUAAUAAACUAAAAGCUCAUAAAAUAAUACUUAAUCAAAAAGUUAUCAUAGUAUUAAAUAAUAAGAUUACAAUUCUAAUAAUUUAAUUCAGAAUCCAUAAAGUAUAAGAGUAAUAUUAAUUUAGAAUCCUAUUUAAAGUAGUAAAUGAGAUUAAAAAUUAACUUAGAAAAUGAUGCUUAUUAAUCUAAUUUAAGACAUAAAACAUCCUCUUCACAUAAUACAACUAACCCUUAUUAGUCAUCUUUAGCAACAUUAAUGAAAUGACAGGUAAUUUAUAAACUAAAUCAAAUAAGAUGCAAAAAUAAUAAUAAAGUCUAGCUAAUAUUUGUAAGACUUUUAACGAUGACUCUAAGCCAAGAAUUUCAUCCACACAUAGAUAAUCUAUAAUUCCUUCAAAAUUAACACAGAGAUAAGAUUCCUUAAAUAUAAGAAAGAGUAAUUCAUUCUAUAUGCAGGAAUUUAG